AAAAAAAAAAGCAAUAUGCAUUCAUUCAAUUUCCGCGUUUAUUAUCGUCUUUCUUUCAAGCUUAUAACAUGAAAUCAGUUGGCAGUCUUCGAAAGAAAGGCUUUGGAGGGGAUCACUUCAUGCGUAAGGAUAAGCAUAAAAACUCCAACACAAAUGUGUCUUCUCCUAUUGCAACGGGCUAUGUGCCCAAGUCUUUUACAACGCUUCCAGCAUCAACCAUGACAACACCUACUGCACCCAUCACAGUAGAUUUGCAUCGGUUUGCAGAUGAAAACUUACAGCCAGAAGAAUUUGUCAAGCGAACUUUGGGGGAUACGAAUGAAGAAGGCAUUCGAGGUUUUUACAAGUCCCUAACAGACGCCAAACAUCUUGUAGGUGGUGAUUUACAGCGCAAUGUCUAUCGAAAUUAUACAGAGUUUGUGUCGAUUUCAAAAGAGAUCUCUAACCUCGAUGCCGAUGUCUUGAGUGUCAAAGAAUAUCUGAAUGAGCUCAAGUCGAUAUGGGAAAGCUUUUUGGUUGCUACUCAUUCAUCUGAACAUGCUUCUGCAGCAGGAACAGAGUCUAUCUUUGCUUCUCAAAGAAAAAAGAGCGAAAUGAUGGCAAGUGAUAUUAACAGUAUUCAUCAUGCACAAAUCAUGGCGUUAUGGGAAAAUGUAGAAGGAUCUCAAAGGUUUAUUCCUCAAGCACAGAAUCGACACAUUGUUCGAGAAUGUGUUGGUUUUUAUGAGGUCAACACAAGGACACUUCAACAGAGACAAGCUGUGCAUUUGUUCUUGUUGAAUGAUUGUUUAUUGUUGGCUCGCAAAAGAGGGCACAAAUUAGUUGCUGAUAAAUGUUGGGGUAUUCAGGAUUUGACUAUUUCAGACAUUAAAGACUCUUCAGACUUGACCAAUGCUCUUCGCGUUGUUGUAUACCCAGAUACUUUUAUCUAUCGUUCGGAAAGAGUAGAAGACAAGUUAGACUUGCUAGAUGUCUACAGAAGAAUGAUUGAAGAGAAUGAUGAUAGACAGUUAGAUACACCUCAACCAGAUAUUCGUAAGCCUACAAGUUUAAGCAGUGGCAGUAUUCAUCAUGAUAAAGAGAAAUGGCUUGUUGAAUUGCCUGAUCAAAUGGAAGUACUGAUUGCUUUGAGAGAAUUUGAAAAGAGUGUUGCUUAUUUGGAGAAAGCUCGUCAUAUUGUCAUAUCAUCAUCGGCUUCAUUGCCUAUUGUGAGAGAAGCGCGGGACAAUAUUGAACAUUAUACAGACAUUCUGAGUCAGAUUAUCAGCCGAGAUCUUAGUAAUACAUUGUUAACUAAAAUACAAUUUCAGCGCUAUGUCAAUUGGUUAUUGCGAUUAGACAAAAGCGAAAAGGCACGUCAAGUCUUCUUAGGCACUCGUACUUUAAUUAUAAAGAAGAGAAUUAGACAAUUGGUGUUCGAGGGUGAUAUCACAACAUACAUUGGUGAACUUGCUCUUGUUGUGUUUACCUUGAUUCGAAAUACUUGUGAAUGGUAUCGAGAUUCAUUUAAACAGAAUGACAUGGCUUCAGGAUUCGUAACAUGGGUUCGAGAACAAACAGAAGUUUAUGCUGAUAUUUACAAGCGCCAAGUAUUCGGUCAGAGCCAUUUAAGCUGUCAAGUGAUUGCUGACUGCUUUAAGUCUACUUUGGAACAAUGCUCUAUCCUUAGAAAAGUAGGUCUUGAUCUUAAGUUUUUGUUAGAAGAUUUGUUUCUUGAGAAUGUAAAAGAAACAGUGAUUUCAUAUGAAAAGAGAAGCAUGGACAAAAUAGCCAGAUUUGUGGGCAAUGAUAAUUUUCAUGUUGUAUCUGGUCAAGGCUUAGGCACAGAUGUCAAAGUUACGUCAAGUGUUGUAAGCUUUUAUAAUCUUCUAGUCAAGUUUUCAAAUGAUGUUUGCCUAUUAUCCAAACUACAGCUGUAUUCGACUGUCAUCGAUAGUGUCUGCCAAUUAACUGAACAUUAUUUGCGUUCCAUGAUAGCUGAGUCACGCAAAAAGGAAUUAUCUAAAGAUCAGGCAAGUAAUAAUCAUUUUAAAUUCAUUUGAUCUGAUACAUGCUUGUAGAGGACAAUUGCUUCCAUGAAUGUAUCUUUUAUUCUUGAUAAUGUAGUACCAAGAGUGUCUUCUCAGUUAAAUGUAAAUGCAUAUAGUUCAUAUUAGAUACUUAUAUGUCUAUAGUAUCAUUUCAACCGCCCUAUACCAGAAUUAGAUACUUUAAGAGCAAGACUCCGAGAAUUGACUUUUACGAAUUGAAAUCAUCAACAUGUGAGACAAGCUGGG